CUCGUCUAACGGGAGAAUCUUCCUAUUGGUAGAUCAUAUUUCAUGCACAAGUACAUAUUCAGAGGAUGGCUGUAAACAGCAGAUGAUUAAUGAUAACGAAUGUAGGUAGGCCAGCUAGAUAAUGCAUAGAUAGAUGUUGGUAUCCCCCAACUGGCGUAUCCCGGAUACGACCCCCAUUUUUCUCAAUCAAAUCCUCCUCUAUUACCAUAGUUUAACAAGACAAAACUCUCCACCCAGUCGAUCGUCUCACAUUUCUCGUCUCAUCGUGACUGGGGAUUCUGCGACGCAACACAACGCAACGCUAUGCAGAAUAGGCUGACUGAACACGCGCACACACACAGCAUUAUAAAGAAAACGGUGACGAGAGCGCAGCCCCACAGCGUUGACAAUAACAAAAGCAUAUAUCUAGCAAGAGUUUUGGCGAACCGGCCAGGCCAAAAUCGAAUCGAACUGAGCAUGCAUCAAACAGGAAUGAAAAUCGAACGACGGUUGAGGCAGACGUCCCGCGACUGCUGCCUCUUGCUAUCCCAGAGUGGAUGGGUUUAACCCUUGAUGCUGGAAUAUCCUGAAUCCGGCAGGGUUGGGUCUCGAGCGUUGUUUCCAUUGCAUCUCAAUG